AUGAAAUUUGAGAAGCUCAAGGUCCGGCCCAAGAAGCUUGCGAGUAAGGCGCCCUGUGCAGCGGAGUUUGCAUCUGUCCUAGCAUGCUGGGCCAGUACACAGGAUCUACGCUCGCAGUCUGAGUGUGUGGGUGUCACGAAAACUCUGCGCGAAUGCAUGGCCACAGCGCACCAAGGGCCUCGUAAACAAGCCAAGCCGACCAUUAAUUACCAUCUUGCACGUUUCUCCAAGCAUGUAUAA